GCAAUGAAUGGAAUGAAAAUGAAGCUCAUCAGUUUUGACCUUUCAACUUCUUUACUUGUUCUUGUUCUUCUUAAACGACUACUGGCUGCAACUACAUCCACAUCAUCAUCUUUUUCUCACGCGCACUCCAACAUUUUUUUUCAUCAUCCUCUCAGGGCAGAAGAUUGAUCUGACUUCAAGAAUCAGUUCACAUAGAGCAGCUCAAGAUGACUUGUUUUCCUUCAUUUUUCAGAAAGAAGAGAGUUCCAUUUGGUAAAGAUGCAGUAGACGGUAAAGAAGAUUUUUCUAGCAUCCAUGAUACAAACAUUUAUACUUAUGGAGAGUUGCGAAGGGCAACAGAAAAUUUCAGUGUGGCCAAUAAAAUAGGACAGGGAGGCUUCGGUUCUGUCUACAAGGGAAGGCUCAAAGAUGGCACUCUAGCUGCUAUAAAGGUACUAUCAGCUGAAUCAAGGCAAGGGGAACGAGAGUUCUUGAGAGAGAUAGAAGCAAUUGCAAAGAUAAAGCAUGAUAACUUGGUUAAAUUGCAUGGUUGUUGUGUGGAAGCAAACCAUCGAAUUUUGGUCUAUGGCUAUCUUGAGAAUAACAGUCUUGCACAAACUCUUCUUGGUAGAGGGCACAGCAGUAUCCAAUUCAGUUGGCAUACACGUCGCAGUAUUUGCAUCGGUGUUGCUCAAGGACUUGCUUUCCUGCAUGAGGAGGUUCAACCACAUAUUGUGCAUAGAGAUAUUAAAGCAAGCAAUAUACUCCUGGAUAAAGACCUCAUGCCCAAAAUUUCAGAUUUCGGUCUUGCAAAGUUUUUCCCAUCCAACUUGACUCACAUUAGUACACGUGUUGCUGGGACAGAAGGUUACCUUGCACCUGAGUAUGCUAUACGAGGUCAGCUGACAAGGAAAGCAGAUAUAUAUAGUUUUGGCGUUCUGCUACUAGAAAUUGUUAGUGGGAGGUGCAACACAAACAAGCGGUUACCUUAUGAAGAACAAUAUCUGCUUGAAAAGGCAUGGGAACUGUAUGAGAAAGGAGAGCUAUUGCAAUUGGUGGAUGCAUUAUUAAACGAGGAUUACAAUGUUGAAGAGGCUGACAGAUAUCUGAAGAUUGCUCUCCUCUGCACCCAAGAUAUGCCUAAGCUCCGACCGUCCAUGUCUACCGUGGUUCAGAUGCUAACAGGUGAAAUAGAUGUAAGCGAACAAAAAAUAUCAAAACCUGGCCUUCUUUCUGAGUUACUCGGACUCAAAGUUGGCAAGGGCCAGAAAGAUGAGUCCGAUGGGAAGAAUAAAGCUUUGACACAAUCUGCAGACUCUGGCAGGCUGGAUGGUUCUUCUUCAUCUUCAGGAAAUAUGGAUACCUCUUAUGCUACCAUGACCUUCAACUCUAUAUAUGACCGAAGCAAUUAAGUUGAUAAAAUAUUUUUUAACUUAUUAUUUCAUUUUUCUUUCUUUACUGAAGAUCAAUAGAGUUUGGCUUUGGAGGGCAUUUGAAGUGCAUAUGAGGUGCUAACAAAGUGAUUCUUAGUCUUUCGGCAAAUCAUUUCUGUACAUGUUCUGUAAUCUAGUAGGUUUUUGAUCUAGUUGAUUCUUUUUCCACGUAGCUCUUUGUUUUCCUUUCUUUUCGAUAUUGUUUUUGUGUUUCUGGAAAAGAGGACCUAUUCUACACUCUUUGGCCACUCAACUUGUACUUCUCAGUAAUUAAAUAAAGGAACAAAUGCAAGUCCGUAUUCAUUAA